ACAACACAAGAAGAAGAAGAACAGCGCUGAUAAAUCAGAUAUUUUUUCUCAACACUCCAGUUGGUGGAAGUUGUUGUUUUGAAAACCUCCAGAAAACACAAGAAGAACUCAUUUCGAUGUUCAUCAUGAGAGAACAGAUGAAUGUGAUCCACACUGGAGAACAGCAGAUGCUGCAGAUACCAGUGAAGAUGUGUUCAGUGAAGCUGCUGGACUGCAGGAACCUGAUGAAGAUGAGAGGAGAAAUCAAAGUAGAGGAACAACAGAGUGAUGAAUAUUAUGAAGAAACCACAGCAAAGGAACAACAGAAGCUGAUGGACGUGAAAGAGGAACAUCAAGAGCUGAAUGAAGCAGAGAAGAAACAUCAUGAUUUCACAACUGGAGAAAAAUCUUUGAGUUGCUCAAAGACUGAAAAUAAUUUCUCACCAAAAAAUCCUCAAAGAAGAGCAGCAAAGAAAUCUCUUGCUCUCAGUGUGAAAAGAAUUUUGCAUGUAAAAAAAAAUCUUAAUUUACACAUGAGAAUUCACACAGGAGAGAAACCUUACACAUGCCAUCAGUGUGGAAAAUAUUUUGCAUAUGCAGUUUCUCUCAAAAAUCAUGUCCGACAUCACUGUAGCAUCGAAAAGCCAUUUGAAUAUGAUAACUGCUGUAAAGCAUUUGUUGAGGAUUCAGACCUAAGAAAACACCUGAAAACUCACACAAAUGAGAAGCCUUACAAGUGUUCUUUUUGUGGGAAAUGUUUUGCACACCUGUCCUAUUUGAAAAAGCACCAGAAAAUUCAUACCUUUGCUGGAGUUCAUAUGUGCUUUGAAUGUGGGAAGACAUUUAUUACAGCCAGCAGCAUGAAACGGCACCAAAUAAUUCAUACUGGAGAGAAACCUUACAAGUGCUCACACUGUGAAAAGUGUUUCACUCAGUUACAAGACCUGAAAACACACGAGAGAAUUCAUACUGGAGAGAAACCUUACAAGUGCUCACACUGUGAAAAGUGUUUCACUCUGUCGCAACACCUGAAAACACACGAGAGAAUUCAUACUGGUGAAAAGCCUUACAAGUGCUCACACUGUGGAAAGAGUUUCACUCAGUCAUGUAAUCUGAAAAGACACGAGAGAAUUCAUACUGGAGAGAAACCUUACAAGUGCUCACACUGUGGAAAGACUUUCACUCUGUCAUGUAAUAUGAAAACACACGAGAGAAUUCAUACUGGAGAGAAACCUUACAAGUGCUCACACUGUGAAAAGAGUUUCACUCAGUUACAAGACCUGAAAACACACGAGAGAAUUCAUACUGGAGAGAAACCUUACAAGUGCUCACACUGUGGAAAGAGUUUCACUCUGUCAUGUACUCUGAAAACACACGAGAGAAUCCAUACUGGAGAGAAACCUUACAAGUGCUCACACUGUGAAAAGAGAUUCACUCAAUCACAACACCUGAAAACACACGAGAGAAUUCAUACUGGUGAAAAGCCUUACAAGUGCUCACACUGUGAAAAGAGUUUCACUCAGUUACAAGAGCUGAAAUCACACAAGAUAAUUCAUACUGGAGAGAAACCUUACAAGUGCUCACACUGUGGAAAGAGUUUCACUCAGUCACAUAUCCUGAAAACACAUGAGAGAAUCCAUACUGGAGAAAAACCUUACAAGUGCUCACACUGUGGAAAGAGUUUCACUCAGUCAUGUAAUCUGAAAAAACACGAGAGUAUCCAUACUGGAGAAAAACCUUACAAGUGCUCACACUGUGGAAAGAGUUUCACUCAGUCACAUAUCCUGAAAAGACACGGGAGAAUUCAUACUAGAGAAAAACCUUACAAGUGCACAUACUGUGGAAAGAGUUUCACUCAGUCAUGUAAUCUGAAAAGACACGAGAGUAUCCAUACUGGAGAAAAACGUACGACUGCGAUUAAUUUGGGAAAAGUUUAAACAAAGCAAGUAAUCUAUAUAGACAUGUAAAGGAGUAUUUCCCAAGAAGUCACAGUUGGUGGUCGACCAAUGUGUGUUUUUCAAUGGCCCAUACCAAUAAGCACAUUGUAAACGAUAUAUAUGUCACCGAAGUCUUUUAAAUUAUGAUGGUUGUGGCCUGUCAGUCUCUGUUUCCUUUAAACUACCUCUUUCUGCAUUUUCUAUCUUAAAAAUUCCAACUGUUGAUGAGAGAUCCCCUUUUAUUUGGAAAUACAGACCUGUCAGCUUGGUCCUCAACCAACAUAUUUAGUUAAAGUAAGUUUUCUUCUCUUGGCUCUCAACGAAGGCGGUCACAUUUUCUCACCCUCUCCCUCCCCUUACCUUCCCUGCUUUGCUCCUCUCGUCACAUCUAGUCUACUGUCUUGUACUUUGAGAGACUCUCUCAGCACUGCUCUCCAAACUAAGACAUCAUGGAUUUGAUCAACUGGUCUCUCAACACCAUCUUCUCGACGAGAAGCUUGGGUUCGGGGGAACCUGACUGCCCUGACGGAGCGUUUGCAGCUGGCUACACGAUGGACGCGUGGGAGAGGUGGCGGGUCGUGUGUCUGGCGGCUCUUUCCGUGGAGGGCGUUGAAGAUAUCUACCUAUUCGGUACCAUGAUAACAGGUCUUCUGCUGAUUGGAUUAGGCAUUGCCCUGGUUUAUCGGGGAGUUAAGAAGACGGUGACAGCUGUCCAAAGCCUCACAAGGCUGCCCGUCAUGAUUGAAACAGUGGGCAGAGCUGUCUGCACUCAGACUGGGUCUAUGAACCAAAAUACGGAUAACAUCAUGGUGAAGCUCACAGCUUUUCAAAGGCAAAUGGAUCGUUUCAGAGACCAAAAUGGACCAGAUGAAUAGCCGUGUAAAUCAGAAGCUGCUUCUCGCCUCAAGACCAAACAAUCCCAAUCUUAUCUGUUUCGGCCGCCCUCAACCAGCACUGGCCUUGGCCAAGGCCGCUGAUGGAUCAACAACUCCCCCGGAAGAGCACUGCAGUGAGCCACUCUCGCGUUCCUUCCCCGACUCCCCAGACACCUGGUGAUUGUUGACUAUGUCUGGGACCUGAUCAAGGUUGUCUCCAUGGCAACUUGCUGUGUAUCGCUAUGACAACCCUGCGGACUGAGGCACCUAGAUUAGAUGCUGGCAUAGCGACUCUCCAGGCCUACACACACAUGAACUCUUACACAUAUAUACAGAUAUGCAAUCAUCCGCCCGAUACCCUAUCCCUCGCCUUCGCCGCUUUGUACCCCCAGUCUGACAGGCGGGUCUGUGACCAGCGCCGAAAAAUGGCUGCAGGACCGGAUGGCUGCUUGCCUGUGCUGGGCCACCUCCACCCCCAAUCCCCUCCCCUGUUGCAAGUCUUGUUCAUGUUGUAGAGUGUACUGAUUAUGUGCUAAUGUUGCUGAGGUGUUUUUUUUCUGUUCCCACACUGUACUUCUUAAGGAGCAUAGUCUGGGGGCUGCCUUUUUUUUUUUCCUCCACCUCUCCUCCAUGUCAUGCUGUAUUUCUUUCUAAUUCCCUGUCUUCCUGUCCUGUCUACCCCCUUGUCAUAUGUAUGUUUGUAUGGACAGGUCGAUGGCCAAUUUCACUGGUUUACUAUGUGACAAUAAAGGACUACUACUACUACAUCUUUGUCUUCUUUAAUCACCGAGAUCGUGCAUUCUUCACUGUCCUCUGGUUUGGUUCCUAUAUCAUUCAAAACUGCUUCAAUAACCCCAAUACUCAAGAAACCAGGGGCCGAUCCUACAAAUUUUGAUAAUUGUUGUCCUAUUUCAGAUUUACCAUUUAUUUCAUAAAUUUGUUUGGAAAGGAGUGUUGCAGUUCAGAUUCAUGAUUGUCUUUGAGCUAAUAAUUUGUUUGAACAAUUUCAAUUGGGUUUACUUCCACAUCAUAGUACGAAAACUGCACUUGUGAAAAUGACUAAUGAUCUGCUGUUGGCUGCGGAUUCUGGUCAGCUGUCAAUACGCAUUCUUCUUGAUCUGAGUGCGGCCUUUGAUACGAUCUCCCGUAAAAUCCUCCUAGACAGGCUGGAAUCAGUUGGAAUUACGGACACCCCCUGUCUUGGUUUCGAUCGUUUCUUUCUGGUCGCGCUCAGUUCAUACAACUCAUACAUUUUAGAUCUAAAUCAUCAAGUUAUCACCGGCGUUCCACAAGGCUCAGUGUUGGGCCCUCUUCUAUUUCUUAUUUACUGUCCCUUUGUCAUAUAUUUUGGAAACGUGUCAAUUUUAACUGCCAAGCCGAUGAUACCCAGUUCUACCUGUCUUCCAAACAGCUGUUUGGUCUUCCCUUCCUCCAGCUGUUUAUCUGAAAUUAAAAACUGGUUCUCAUCUAAUUUUCUCAAAAUAAAUUGUGGAAAAACGAAAUUCUCCUUGGAAGAACCACAUCUAUUUUUGGCAAAAACUGAUUUUCGACCGUGACUAUCGAUCAGUCCACUGCUUCUCCUUCACCACAGGCUAAGAGUCUGGGUGUUGUCCUUGAUAGCACCGUAUCCUUUGAAGCUCAUGUUAAUAACAUAACUCGCUCUGCAUUCUUUCAUUUACGUAAUAUUAAUCGUCUUCGUCCCUCUCUCACAUUGAACAGUACUACCAUUCUUAUUCAUGCACUGGUUACAUCACAUUUUGAUUACUGCAAUGCUAUCCUCUUUGGUCUUCGUUCCAAACUUCUUCAUAAACUUCAGCAGGACCAGAACUCAGCUGCACGAAUAAUUUCUAGAACCCCCUCUAAAACGUUUCACCUGUUCUUCAACAUUUGCUUCUGGUUAAGCACCGAAUUGAUUUAAAAAUCUUGCUUUUACAUACAAGGCUUUAAAUAAUCUUACUACCUCGUACCUCUGAUUUUUUUCAUACCUGAACACCUACUCGUACCCUCAGAUCUGAUCACUGUUAUACAGCCCCUUACUAAUGGUAUUCCCUUCCUCUGGACAUUUAUAACAGUGAGUCAUCAUACUUUUAAAUCUCGUCUUAAAACACCUUUUUAAACAGGCUUUUUUGUAAAUUUGCAUGCAAUGAGUUCAUACUUUGUAUCUUCCAAUGUUUAAUUGCAUAUCAUAGUAUUGUUUGUUUAAUGUUGUUAUUGUUGAUUCUUUUAAGGAUGGCUUAUUUGUGUUCUGUUUGUAAGGUGACCUUGAGUGUCGUGAAAGGCGCCUAUAAAUAAAAUUCAUUAUUAUUACUAUCUCCAUUUAUCUCGGAUUAGCUUUUGUUGACGUCAUUAGUCUUGGGGUUUACAUACUUUUUCCAAACUACACUUUGAAUAGUUGAAUGAUGAAUUCAAUAUGAACAAGAACGAUACAAUACUUUGUGUGUUACUAGUUAAAAUAGAUUGUGUUUGUUCAUUAUUUUAACUUAGAUGAU